CGGCAUUGCAUGUGUACCGACAGAAGGUCCCAGCGCAUAGGUCAGGUAGAAGGAGGUGAAUUUCCAGGAUAGGCAAAAGCCUACCAAUCCACGCUGUGACAUGACGUUGGCGAAUCUAAUCAUAGUCAUUCUACUUCGAACCUGGAAAAUAUCAGCAGGGUGUAGCGCCCCGUACCCAUAUAUGUAUCUGUCACGGCGCCUUUGCUUUCAGAGAAGGUUAAAAAGAACCAAAGAGAUCAUUAGCAUAGUUCGAACUGAGCACCGUGCAUGGUCUCGUGUCAUUGCCUUGACAGCUCACACCCGCGAAGGAGACGGCGCAAUAAACUAAGAUCUGAUGCUAUGUAAGAUAUAUGGUAGAG